AUGUCUCUUACAAGCGAGCUACAAUCAAACGAUGGGUCGUCACUGCCAGACCAUCAGACUCUCCAACUGGUUGACUUCGAAUUGGGUAGUUCUCUCGGACGUGGAAAGUUCGGGCGUGUGUAUCUCGCCCGGCACGUUGGAACAAACUAUGUGUGCGCCCUCAAGAUUGUCUCAAAAGCGCAGUGCGCAAGUACGGAAGAGGAAACAAUGAUCCGCCGUGAGCUUGAAGUCCAUCAGAACAUGUCGCACAAGCACAUCCUCAAGUUACUUUCCUGGUUUCACGACGAGAAGUCAAUCUACCUGGUGUUGGAGUUUGCGCCUGGUGGUAGUCUGUUCUCGCGAUUGACGAAGCAGCCAGAGGGUCGAUUCGACGAACACACUGCGGCAAAGUACGUAGCGCAGAUGGCAGAAGCGCUCAGGUACAUGCACAAAAAGAACAUCAUGCAUCGAGACGUCAAACCGGAAAAUAUCCUUUUAGGUCUACACAAUGAGAUCAAACUCGCCGACUUCGGCUACAGCGUACACUCAAAAUCAGGCUCCCGCUCCACCAUCUGCGGAACCACCGAUUACCUCUCGCCCGAAGUCGCCAUGAUGGCCCUUGAUCCGAACCUAACGCAAGACACGUACACUAAGGCCGUCGACCAGUGGAGUCUCGGUAUCCUGACCUACGAACUGCUGGUCGGCAAGGCGCCGUUCGAGAUGCAGAGCACAAAGGCGACGCGGAGGAAAAUUGCGAACUUCAAGGGGAAAGGAGUCGAGUUUCCAGGCUAUGUGUCGAAGGCAGCACAGGAAUUUGUGUUGAAGCUUUUGGAUGUAGAUGCUGCGCAGCGGAUGGAACUUGAUGAUGUGUUGACGCAUCCUUGGGUUGUGAGGCAUGUGCAGAAUCCGAUAUAA